AUGGACGGGACUCUGACCGUGCCGUGCAUAGAUUUCGCCGAGAUGCGCCGGCGCGUGGGCGCCACGAGCCCGGAUAUUCUGCACGAGAUCGACGGUUGGGAUGAGCCGAGACGAGUCGAGGCGUAUCGUGUGAUUGGGGAGAUGGAGGCGGAGGCGAAGCGACGGCUGCAGAUCAUGCCAGGGGCCCGCGAGCUCAUCGCCUUUCUUGACGCCCGGAACAUCAGGCGAGGGCUUAUAACGAGGAAUGUGAAGGAUUCAGUGGACCAUUUCCAUAGCAGUUUCGAGGAGGCGACGUCCGCGGCGCCUGCAGACUGGAGGUACGCUUGGAGGCAAGCGUUGUCGGGAGACAGCGAGGACGAAGGCAAGCGUUGUCGGGAGACAGCUGCUGCUGCUGGCGGUGCGGCUGGCGCUGCUAGAGGUGCUACUGGUGCUGCUGGAGCUGCUGGAGGUACUGCUGCUGCUGGAGGUGCUGCUGGCGCUGCUGGAGGUACUACUGGUUCUGGUGCUGCUGGAGCUGCUGGAGGUGCUGCUGCUGCUGGCGGUGCGGCUGGCGCUGCUGGAGGUGCUGCUGGUGCUGCUGGCGCUGCUGGAGGUGCUACUGGUGCUGGAGCUACUGGAGCUGCUGGUGGUACUGCUGCUGCUGGCGGUGCUGCUGGCGCUGCUGGAGGUGCUGCUGGUACUGGUGCUGCUGGAGCUGCUGGAGGUGCUGCUGCUGCUGCUGGUGCUGCUGGCACUGCUGGAGGUGCUGCUGGUACUGGAGCUGCUGGGGACCCUGCUGCUGCUGGCGGUGCUGCUGGAGCUGCUGGGACUGGCCCUGCUGAGGGGGUUGGAGCUGGAGUCUGA